GCUCCGCACCUCGUGCUUUCUCUCUACCUUGUACCUUUGGUACCCUCUACCAAGGCGGCAGGUAUAAGGUUCAAAUUUUCCACCAGCAGCGCAGUUAGAAGAUUGAACAUAUUUAGCCUGAGACAUUUUCUGUGAAUAUCUAGAGAAAAUCAAUCAGUGGACCUGGUAGAAGAUGUAGCUUUGGUGACCCAAUAUGAUACAGAGGACACACUUUUCUCACUACUCGGUCUGAUUGCGACCUCAGUCCGAGACCGUGACACCAGCCAACAAUGAUAUCUUCUCCCCUGUACAGGGGUUGGGUAGUGCUUGGGAUAACUGUUCUAUUAUUUGUUUUCUGGGCGGGAAUUGGGAACUCGUGGGGAACAACAAUAUUGUGCCUUCAGCAGGAUGAAGAUUUCCCGACAUCAUCUCUUGCACUGCUAGGUGCCCCCUUAACAGUGUACUAUGCAUUCAAACUAUCCCUCAGCAGCUUGAUAUACUUGGCAUUGGCAGAGUUUGGUCUCCUUGACCUUCGACAAGUUGUAGCUAUUGGACUAAGCUUGAUGGUGCUGGGGUUGUUGCUGACGUCACUUGCCAAUGGGCCCGAGUUUUUGGUGAUAUCAUUUGGAGUUAUAUCAGGAACUGGUAACGGGUUGGUUCUACUUUCCAUGUUUAAAGUGAUUGCCCUCUGGUUUCCAUGGUCACACAGGUUUCAUGUGCUAACAACCAGCGCGUUGAGCAACAUGAUGCCUCUUGGCACGGCAAUUUUGAACAACGUUAAUGCCCAGAUGUGCUCAAUUCCUUCACUGGGUUGGCGGUGGGCGUUCCGAAUUUAUGCAGUUAUUCUGUCCACUUUGGGACUUCUUCUACUCCUGGUGUACGGAAACCCGCCAGAGGAGGUUUCAAAUGGACAAUGCGGCUACCCAACUGACAAAAAGCUAGACUUCUUGGAAAAACCACCGUGGUCCAGACGAUCUACAAUUGCCCUUCAUGGAGUAUGGGCCGUUGCAAUAUGUUGUAAGGGGUUCGCUUUCUUUUUACCUUUUGUUAUAUUGCCAAAACACGUGACGGACCUUGGUUACAAUGACUACGAAGCAGCAUACGUGAUGACAGUUCUAGGAAUCAUGGGCAUGAUUGGGCAGAUGUUUUCCUCUUUUGUCGGGGACUAUCUGAAAGGGAAGCUACUCGUCGUGAGCAUGGUUGCAGCUGCUUUGCUUACACUAAAUAAUAUCAUCGCUGCAUAUUCGACAUCUUUGACUGGGGCGUUCGUGUACAGUGCUGUUUCAGGUCUUACCUUUGGUCCAUAUAAUGCUGGCUACUAUGCUGUCAUCAAUGAAAUAAUGGAUGGAGAGAAUGUUGACACUUUAUUCCUGACUAUGCGGUUCAGCACAGGCGUUGGAGCCACCACAGGCCCGUAUUUGGCAGGAUAUAUCCGUGACGUCACAGGAAGUUACUAUGCAGUGUUCCUGUCCAUUGCGUCAUGUUUCGGUGUGUUUGUCCUAGCAACGACAACGGUUACGUUUAUCAACAAGUGGAGGGACUUAAGAAGUGUAGAACUAAUGAAGAACAAAAUCACGUUUGAGUAAAAUACCUCAAAACCAGAUUUAACCUCUCCCUACUCUAUGCAGCCGAGGCAGAAAUGAAUAGGAAACCACGAAGCAUUGAAAAUGAAUGUUAAUAUGUUAUUAUGAAAAAAGUGUAUUGUAAUUAAAUGAAGAAAAAGUAUUAAGUAGAAAGAAACAUGCACGUGGAUACAAUUAUACAUCGACAGACACUAAGCACACGCAGCUACACCGCAGCCAACAGUGAACAUCUGAAAGCCAGCAGCUGACAACGAAGAAACAAAACACCGUCCCAGCCUGAUAGCCACGCUUUGAAA